AUGGACGAGUGCGGUUUCAACCUGGGGGCCAAGUGCCUCGAGCGCAGGUGUCGCCGGGAAGCACCAACCCCAAAGAAUGCACAGAAAUCCCCCACCUCACCCACUAGCGACCACAUGUCUGUCAUCACCUUCAUCGGCACUACCCUCCGCUCCCGCUCCCGUACGCACCUGUUGUCGUCUAUCAAGGGGCAAAAACUCAUGGAAACAUGGUUUAGGGUGGACAAGGAGGUUGGAGCAGCUGGCCCAGCCAACGCCGACUCUGGUUUUCUCCAACACCUUUCAUUCAUGAAGAAAGUGGCCUUUUGGAGGGCCUUCGACCCCUCAUACCCGCCCAGCUGCAGACAACGGUUCGUCAUUCUUCUUCGUGUGCUCAUCAUGGAUGGGCACGAGAGCUCACAUUAUGGUCGACUUCUCUCGAAAGCCUGCUGGGAGCGGAAACAUCAACGUGCUCAUAUCUGCCAGGCCAAGACUCAGUGGCAAGUUCCAGCCAAUUAUUGGACGUAG